GUCGACUACUUCCCAGAGUACCUCAUUCUCGGGGCCCUGGCGCUCGUUCCGCUGGCGCAGAGCCACCACUGGUACAAGGAGUGCCCCUCGGAGCUGAAGGCCACGAUCGACCGCUGGCGGCGGCGCUGGCCCGGCGAGCGGGACGGCAAGGAACAGCUGGUCCUCCUGGUGACCGUCUUCGCGCACGAGCUGACCUUCGGCUACCAGCGCGGCUGGCGGGUUUGCGAGAGCUACAACGGCGAGCCGAUCAUGUCGCUGCGGCAUCUCCGGUCCAUGUGGCUCGCCACGCGCGACAAGACCAUCCAGGCGCGCGAGGCCGCCGCCAAGGAGGGCGGGGAGCAGAGCAGCCCCGGCAUUUUCGUGCGCCUGGGGCUGCAGAGCGACGACGAUAUCGUGCUGGACGCGGCCGCUGCGAUGGACGCGGAGGAGAAGGUCAUCAAGACGCACGCCAUCGAGCGUCGCUCAUUCAUCAAGGGUGACGACGACUAG